AUGAGCACUCGCAACCCAUCCGACGACUAUACUUACAUCCUGCGCUAUGCAAAAGACCUCAUCGGCCAGUCGUGUGCGACCCGGUCUGGACCUGACCGGCCUAUCGAACUACACCCGCGAGUACCCGAACUCGUGGACAUCCAAGGAUGGACAGUCAAACGCAGGGACGAAGAACAACACUAUCAAAUAUUGGAUCCGACCACAUAUGUCGGGAAACACUACGGAUUUUCUGCCUCGCGCGAUCCGGGACUUCAGGAGUCUGUGAUGUUGGGGAGUAAACCGUCUGAUUUUAUAUUUAUACCGGAAAAGGAGCCAAUGAAGUACAUAAUUGCCUUGUCGGGACCGACCACGGGGGGACACAAAUGUCUUGAUGUGGUCAAUAACAAGGUUGUCAUACGACUCUUCCAAGAGGGUCAUUUGUGGGAUGAACUUCCACGGUGGUACCUGGAUCGUAUUGUCUACUGA